CUUCCUCAUAACCAACAUCCCCCCAAGUUUAUAGAAUUGAAGCAUUUGGAAUCACCCUCGUAUCAUGUGACUCUGUGUGCUAAUUUCCACAGUUAUCUGAAACUGCACAUUCAAAUCCACAUCUGAAAGCAUCAUCAAUCAAUGAUGAUGCGAAGAAUGAUGCAGAAGAGCUCAUCCAUGUCCUCUUCUCAUUGAUUUUAUGGCCUCUACUCAGCAACACCGUUGCGUCUUCGUUGGGAAUAUACCUUAUGAUGCAACUGAAGAACAGCUGAUUCAAAUUUGUGAAGAGGUCGGCCCCGUUGUUUCUUUCAGGUUUAGAGAAACACAAUUCUUGAGACAUCAAAGUCAAACUAAGAGGAUCUUUGACAUCUCCCUCCCAUUGGUUAUAGAUCGUGACACUGGGAAGCCAAAAGGUUAUGGAUUUUGUGAGUAUAAAGAUGAAGAAACAGCACUCAGUGCUCGCCGUAAUCUUCAGGGUUAUGAGAUUAAUGGUCGGCAGUUGAGAGUAGAUUUUGCUGAAAAUGACAAAGGCGCUGAUAGAAAUCGUGAACAGGGUAGGGGUGGACCAGGACUGGCUACAAAUGUGGAUGCUCAGAAGCAGGUAGGAAGCCCAGCUACCCUUGGAGAUGCAACAUUUUAUCAGCCAAUUGGCCUCCCAAUAGCUAUGACUGCUUCUUCUGUCAUGGCAGGAGCUCUUGGUGGUUCUCAGACUGGUCAGGUAAAUCAAAAUGGUUUGCAGAAUCAGUCACUUAUUGGCAAUGACCCUUUAACCCAUCAUCUAGCCAACAUGUCCAGGAGUCAACUGAAUCAAGUUAUAAGUGAAAUGAAGAUGCUUUCUAUGCAAAACAAGGACCUUGCACGUCAACUUUUGCUUGUGAGCCCACAGCUUCCAAAAGCUCUUUUUCAGGCACAAAUAAUAUUGGGGAUGGUGACACCACAAAUGUUGCAGAUGCCAAAUCUAAGGCAACAGACCCCAAAUGCAGCUGUUCCAACACCACAGCCUCCAAUGCAACAUACCAUCCAGGGACACCGUCCACCUGUUCAGACUCUUCCCGGGUUGCCCUCUUUCACUCCGUUAUCCUCUGUGUCCCAGAAUCCUUUGGCACACAACCAGUUCUCAGCACCCUUGCCACUUCAUCCACAACAGCGACCUCAGUUACCAAAUCUUAACCAGAUGGUCCCACCAUCACAAAAUACAGUUCCUGCACAUUCUGGGCCCUCAACACGAAUCUCUACACGUCCACAAUCUCUAAGUGGACUGCCACCUGUAUCUUCCUCUUCAUUUAGGCCUGUUCAAGCUCCACCAUUGCAACAUCCAGGACAUGCUGGUAUGAAAACCACUCAAAAUGUAAACAUUCAGCCUACCUUUCAAAGCCGUUCAAUACCAUCAGAUCCCGGAUAUAAGGUUGCCUCUUCAGUACCCCCGGCUUCGGUGGAGGCUAUUAAAAAGGACACUCCCGUACGUGCAAAAACAUUCAGGGAUACAACUUUGGCAAGUCGGACAAACACCUUGACGAACUUGCCUUCAGUAGCUUCGCUAUCUGAUUAUAAAGAUUCUCAAGAUCAGAUGGUUCGUCCUUCAAAAGUUAUGAAGUUGAAUAAUGAAAGAGGUACUCCUUUCUCAUCUGCUGGAUUAGCUACACCAAGCGCCACUGCCGUUGCAAGUAGCUCUGGUGCAGCUGGUCAAAGCUCUAGCCUAGAAGUGCAGAAUAUGGAGAAACAAGCCCCACAGUUUCCACCUGAUGUAGAUCCUGCCUUGUUGCAACAAGUACUCAACCUUACUCCUGAACAACUGAGUUCACUACCCCCUGAACAGCAACUACAAGUCAUUCAACUACAGCAGAUGCUCAGAUGAAAAUCAAAUGAAUUUGAAGUAUCACAUGAGAUCUUAUCGUGCGUGCACUGGAAAGAUCCUUAUCUUAACACCUCCAAGUUUCGCGUGUGGAUAAGGGAGCAGGUUAACACAUGUAUUAACAUUUAACUCACGCUUCCUACGAGGGCAACCAGGUUCUGAGGUGCUAUAAAGCAUCUGAUUCUUUGUAAUUGUUGUGAGCCUUUAUAGAGAAAUACAUAAACCAACUAUAAUCAUUUAUAGAAAAAAGGUAAUAUUUUUGAAAACCAACUAUAAUCAUUUAUAGAAAAAAGGUAAUAUUUUUGAGCAGUUGUCUUGUAGUCAUGAAAGUUUGGUGGCUCUGGUUGUUGUUACCAAUACUCUUUCCCUUUAUCUUCCUCUUGAGACAAAAUGUACCUUACAUAUUUCAUAGAACCACAAUUUUCA